AUGAGUCGACUCAUGAGUGAGUUUGCCCACCUAUGGCCUGUCUCCCGAGGAGUGAAAGAAGGCACGUUCUUCUCUGCACCGAGCAGCGACUCUUCUUCCCACCGUGCACACAGUGGUGGCGCCGCAGCCGUCGUUGGCUUCUCGUUUGCCGUACGAAUCGUGUAUUUCCAACAUGGCCGCGUUUCCUUCUCUUCCGCAGCAUCGCUACGCCGCAGCCGUUCGGACGGUGGCGGCGACACGUCCUCAGACGAAGAGGAGUACGACGAGGUGUCCGGUGCCACGCUAGCCGACGGCGUCUCUUCGCGGGCCAUGGCGAACGGCGUGUGCCGACGCAACGCCAGCGACGUCGAAGACGACGACGACGAUGAAGACGAUGACGAGGACGACGAGGAAGUGCGCGACCUGACGUGGAGCGGCCGCGUCGGCGGAGGAGUGGGCGUCGGCGAGGGCGUUAUGAACGGCGUGCACGGUUCGGCGUCGUCGGCCGCAUCCUCCGCGAGAUCGUCGUCCCAGCGGUCUUCGUCGUCCUCGUCGACCGCGGUGGUGCCGCCGACGCCCGUCGAGUUCCGCGCCUCGCCGCCGCUGCACGUGCACCGGCCGUACAACGGCUCCCCGCCGCCCAAGGUGUUCCACGCGGCGCCGGGCGUGGUGGGUGGCACGUCCUCUUCUUCUUCGACGUCCUCCUCGUCCACGUCGUCGGGCCCCACGACGCUCACGCUGUCCGCUUCCGCGCACAUCCCGGCCUUCGAAGUGUGCGCAGUGAGCCCUCGCAAGCGCCACCGGCAGGACCGGGGCGGAGGGGGCACCGCGUUCGGAGUCUUCUCUCUCGUCGACGGCGGACCCGUCCAGCGGCCCUGCCUGGACUUCGAGAAGAUGCAGCAGGUCAGUGGUACUGUACGUCAUUAG